CUGGCUGACCCUGGCGAUGGCGGACGCGACGGCCUCCCCGGUGGGCAAGCGUCUGCUGCUUCUGUUCGCGGACACCACGGCCUCGGCUUCGGCCCCCGUGGCGGCAGCGGUGGCGUGUGGAGGAGAUCCAGGGCCUGCGCUGCGCACUCGGGCCUGGCGGGCCGGCACGGUGCGGGCCAUGAGCGGGGCGGUGCCCCAGGACCUAGCGAUUUUUGUAGAAUUUGAUGGUUGUAACUGGAAGCAACACUCCUGGGUUAAAGUUCAUGCUGAAGAAGUUAUUGUGCUUCUCCUGGAAGGGUCACUUGUAUGGGCACCACGGAAAGACCCAGUCCUUCUCCAAGGCACUCGAGUUUCAAAUGCACAGUGGCCAGCUCUGACUUUCACUCCCUUAGUAGAUAAACUGGGUUUGGGUUCUGUGGUACCAGUAGAAUACCUUUUGGAUCGAGAGCUUCGUUUCCUGACAGAUGCUAAUGGAUUGCAUUUGUUCCAGAUGGGAACAGAUAGCCAAAACCAGAUCCUUUUAGAACAUGCUGCACUGAGAGAAACAAUUAAUGCUUUGAUCAGUGACCAAAAGCUACAAGAGAUAUUCAGCCGAGGUCCCUACAGUGUUCAAGGUCACAGGGUCAAAAUAUACCAGCCAGAGGGUGAAGAAUGCUGGAUCUACGGUGUUGUAAGCCAUCAGGAUUCAAUCACCCGUCUUAUGGAGGUAUCUAUAACUGAGAGUGGUGAAAUCAAGUCGGUAGAUCCUAGACUUAUCCAUGUGAUGUUGAUGGAUAACUCAACGUCUCAGACAGAGGGGGGUACGUUAAAAGCAGUAAAAUCAUCCAAAGGAAAGAAGAAGAGAGAGAGCGUAGAGGGGAAAGAUGGCCGGAGGAGGAAAAGUGCUUCGGACUCUGGGUGUGACCCUGCAUCAAAGAAAUUAAAAGGAGACAGGGGUGAAGUAGACAGUAAUGGGAGCGAUGGAGGUGAGGCAAGCCGAGGGUCCUGGAAAGGAGGUAAUACCAGUGGAGAGCCAGGGAUGGAUCAGAGAGCCAAGCAACCACCGUCUACAUUUGUUCCCCAGAUUAAUCGCAACAUUCGCUUUGCUACUUACACCAAAGAAAACGGCAGGACUCUGGUGGUGCAGGAUGAGCCUGUAGGUGGGGAUGCACCUGUACCUUUCACUCCAUAUUCUACCGCCACAAGUCAGGCACCUUUGGUCCCAGAGGUGGGUGGAACCGAAAACAAAGAGGCAGGAAAAACACUGGAACCACUUGGCCAGGGCGUGGUGGCUUCAACAGGUGUGGUCACUACCGCCAACUCCACCCCAACCACGGUGAGGAUUUCAGACACUGGCCUUGCAGCAGGGACUGGGCCGGAAAAACAGAAAGGCAGCUGGUCGCAGGCCUCUGGAGAGAAUUCAAGAAAUUCUAUUCUGGCCUCUUCUGGAUUUGGAGCAUCUCUUCCGAGUUUGUCACAACCAUUGACUUUUGGAAGUGGAAGGAGUCAGUCUAAUGGAGUUAUAGCCACAGAGAAUAAACCCUUGGGCUUUUCUUUUGGCUGUAGCUCUUCUGUACCAGAGUCUCAGAAAGACUCUGAUCUCUCCAAAAACUUGUUUUUUCAAUGUAUGUCCCAAACUUUACCCACCAGUAACUACUUCACUACGGUUUCAGAGAGUAUGGCUGAUGAUUCCUCUAGCCGGGAUUCAUUCAAACAAAGCCUUGAAAGCUUGAGCUCAGGCCUGUGUAAAGGUAGAUCUGCUGUUGGAGCAGACACUAAGGCAGGCUGUAAAGCUGGCAGCUCUGUAGACCGAAAAGUGCCUGCAGAGUCCAUGCCCACUCUCACUCCAGCCUUCCCACGGAGUCUCCAAACCACCCGCACCCCAGAAAAUCAUGAAAAUCUAUUUUUACAGCCACCCAAACUGUCCCGAGAAGAACCUUCUAAUCCUUUCCUGGCAUUUGUGGAAAAAGUUGAACAUAGCCCUUUUAGCAGCUUUGCGUCUCAGGCAUCAGGGAGUUCUUCUGCUACCACUGUCACCUCCAAGGCACCACCCAGCUGGCCAGAGUCUCAUUCCUCUGCAGAUUCCACAUCUUUAACAAAGAAGAAAACUCUCUUCAUUACAACUGACUCCUCCAAGUUGGUAUCUGGUGUUCUGGGCUCAGCAAUUACCACUGGGGGUCCAAGCCUCUCUGUCAUGGGGAAUGGCCGCUCCAGUUCACCCACCAGCAACCUCACCCAGCCCAUUGAGAUGCCUACUCUCUCCUCCAGCCCCACAGAAGAGAGGCCAACUGUGGGGCCUGGGCAGCAGGACAAUCCCCUCCUCAAAACCUUUAGUACCAUCUUUGGCAGGCACUCCGGCGGCUUUCUGUCCUCCCCAGCAGAUUUUUCACAGGAGAACAAAGCUCCUUUUGAAGCUGUGAAAAGGUUCUCACUGGAUGAGCGAAGCUUGGCUUGUAGACAGGACUCGGACUCCAGCACCAACAGUGACCUGUCAGAUUUGAGUGACUCAGAGGAACAGAUUCAGGCCAAAACUGGCCUAAAGGGGAUUCCAGAGCACCUGAUGGGAAAGUUGGGCCCCAAUGGGGAGCGCAGUGCUGAGCUGUUGCUGGGCAAGGGCAAAGGGAAGCAGGCUCCGAAGGGCCGUCCUCGGACUGCUCCCUUAAAAGUUGGCCAAUCAGUGCUGAAAGAUGUAAGCAAAGUGAAGAAGCUGAAGCAGUCUGGAGAGCCCUUCCUUCAAGAUGGAUCAUGCAUCAAUGUGGCACCUCAUCUGCACAAAUGUCGGGAGUGCCGCCUGGAGCGGUAUCGGAAGUUUAAGGAACAAGAACAAGAUGAUUCUACUGUAGCCUGCCGCUUCUUUCACUUUCGGAGGUUGAUCUUCACCCGAAAAGGGGUACUUCGUGUAGAGGGGUUUCUAAGCCCUCAGCAAAGUGACCCUGAUGCUAUGAACCUGUGGAUUCCCUCUUCUUCCCUAGCAGAAGGGAUAGACCUAGAAACCUCAAAAUACAUCCUUGCCAAUGUUGGGGACCAGUUCUGUCAGCUUGUGAUGUCCGAGAAGGAGGCCAUGAUGAUGGUAGAACCACAUCAGAAAGUGGCAUGGAAGCGAGCUGUGCGAGGUGUUCGGGAAAUGUGUGAUGUAUGUGAAACAACUCUCUUCAAUAUCCACUGGGUUUGCCGCAAAUGUGGAUUUGGAGUCUGCCUUGACUGUUACAGGCUCAGGAAAAGCCGUCCACGCAGUGCUCUUUACAAUAUUGGAGACAUGGUACAUGCUGCUCGAGGCAAGUGGGGAAUUAAAGCAAACUGCCCUUGUAUUAGUCGGCAAAACAAAUCUGUGUUGAGACCUGCUGUCACCAAUGGGAUGUCACAGCUUCCUAGCAUAAACCCUAGUGCCUCUUCUGGAAAUGAAACUACCUUCUCAGGAGGAGGAGGAACUACAGCAGUAACAGCACCAGAGCCCGACCAAGUUCCCAAAGCCGACAGCACUGACAUCAGAUCAGAAGAGCCCUUGAAAGCUGAUGGUUCAGCAUCAAAUAGCAAUAGUGAGCUAAAAGCCAUUAGGGCCCCGUGCCCGGACACUGCUCCUCCUUCCUCUGCCCUGCAUUGGUUGGCAGAUUUAGCAACUCAAAAGGCUAAAGAAGAAACAAAAGAAGCAGGGUCUCUGAGGUCGGUGCUCAAUAAAGAGUCUCAUUCACCCUUUGGGCUGGACUCAUUCAACUCCACUGCAAAAGUCUCUCCAUUGACUCCAAAGCUUUUUAACAGCCUGUUACUGGGUCCCACUGCCUCCAACAACAAAACUGAGGGAUCUAGCCUUCGAGACCUCCUUCACUCUGGGCCUGGAAAGCUUCCUCAAACCCCCUUGGACACAGGAAUACCCUUCCCCCCGGUCUUCUCUACAUCCUCAGCACCAGUGCUGGUUUCAGGAGUACAUAAAAAGCUCAAAUCUGAGCUUUGGAAGCCAGAAGCCUUUAGCCAGGAAUUUGGAGACCAGGAUGUGGACUUGGUGAACUGCAGGAACUGUGCAAUAAUUUCUGAUGUAAAAGUUCGGGAUUUCUGGGAUGGCUUUGAGAUCAUAUGCAAGAGACUAAGGUCGGAAGAUGGGCAGCCAAUGGUGCUCAAACUCAAAGACUGGCCUCCUGGGGAAGAUUUUCGAGACAUGAUGCCAACAAGGUUUGAAGAUCUGAUGGAGAACCUUCCUCUUCCAGAAUAUACCAAACGAGAUGGCAGGCUCAACCUGGCCUCUAGGCUACCCAGCUACUUUGUAAGGCCUGAUCUAGGCCCCAAGAUGUACAAUGCCUAUGGAUUGAUAACAGCAGAAGAUAGAAGAGUUGGCACAACAAAUCUUCACUUAGAUGUGUCUGAUGCUGUUAAUGUGAUGGUGUAUGUUGGGAUCCCCAUUGGGGAGGGUGCCCAUGAUGAAGAGGUACUCAAGACAAUUGAUGAGGGAGAUGCUGAUGAGGUGACAAAGCAAAGGAUUCAUGAUGGAAAAGAGAAGCCAGGUGCUUUGUGGCACAUCUAUGCAGCCAAGGAUGCAGAGAAGAUCCGGGAGCUUCUCCGAAAGGUUGGAGAAGAGCAAGGCCAAGAGAAUCCCCCUGAUCAUGACCCAAUUCAUGACCAAAGUUGGUACCUGGAUCAGACCCUACGUAAGCGACUCUAUGAUGAGUAUGGAGUACAAGGCUGGGCCAUUGUACAGUUCCUAGGUGAUGCUGUCUUCAUACCUGCCGGAGCCCCACACCAGGUUCAUAAUCUGUAUAGUUGCAUAAAAGUAGCAGAAGACUUUGUAUCUCCAGAACACGUGAAGCACUGUUUUCGCCUGACUCAGGAAUUCAGGCAUCUCUCCAAUACUCAUACCAAUCAUGAGGAUAAACUGCAGGUGAAGAACAUCAUUUACCAUGCAGUGAAAGAUGCUGUUGGUACCCUCAAGGCACAUGAAUCCAAACUGGCAAGGUCUUAGGCAUGGAGAAUUCAAGCUCUCCACUGAAGCAGUACUUUCACUCACAACACUUACAGGGAACGCCAAGGUUCUCUGCAGGAGCAGAGGCCCUUCACCCGGAGCCACAGUGUGGUCAGUAUUACAAACUCUCCAGCCACUCUUUCUAUGCUGCCUCAACACUGAAGGUUGUCACAGGAAAGUUGCACUGUUCACACACACACAGUUUCAGACUUCAAACUGAGGGUGCCACCUCCCUGUCCCCCGGCCUUUGGCAAUCCAGAUUACCUUGAACAUUGAUGGGCUUUCCCGCACAUUCUCCUGAUUUGAGAUCAAGGAAACUGGGAAUGUGGCACUUCUCUUUCCUGUUCCUCUUGUGCCUAGUUAAGUGGGAAUGUGUUUGAAGAUAGACAUAACUGGUACAAGUAUGGGUGAAGCCUGACAGUGUCUCUGCACGUGACCUCUGACAUGGCCCAUCCCAGGAACUGGGGUGCAGCCAUCCCCCACACUCUCCAUAAACACUGGAGUCUUACAGGACCCGGGGAGAGCCCACUGCUUUCCCAGGAGGCUCCAGGAUGAGGAAAUGUGUGUAUUUAGUGAAAAAUAGGUUUGUAGUGAAAUAGUUACUAUUUCAUGAAAGUAGAUAUUUUUAGAAUUUUUGAAAUACCACAGUUGUUUUCCUGGAUUAUGAGGAAAGGCACAUUACAUUUAGUCUUCCUUUCGAUAAAAUUCUUUGAAGAAAUAAGAUUUUUAGAAAUCAGCUGCCCAUUAUAGCACAAAAUCAGCCAAAGCAGAAUUUAGAAGAAUUGGCUUUUAGGGUUCUUUUAGUUUCUACUCUUCCCUCUCAGUCUUACAUUGAGGGAACAGUCAUCUGAGAAAGAACUUCGUCAUGUCUGAGCUGUGGUGUGUUCCCUGUAUGCACACACUGGUCUCUCCAGGAACCAUUUUCACCAAUUACCAGCUUUCCCUUGGGACUCGUUGUAUGUUUCAAAAUGAGACGGAAAGUUUGAUUUUCAACAUGAGGGUUUUUUUUGUUUUGUUUUUUGGGGUUUUGUCCAGAAAUAUUUUCAACAAAACUUUCCAACUCAGUGAAGUUUUUAUUAAGAAUUUAUUUGAAAAUGAUGGAACUCAUUGGCCCAUAGGUACAUUGGAAAAUGUAUCUCUUUCCAGCUGUACUGUAGUGCCCUACAGGAAGGCUUGUUUAUAUGUUCACAGUUACUUUUUUAAAAAAUAAAAGUCAUUUACUGUAGAAUUUAAUUUCACUUUCUGUAUUUUAAUUUUGUUGAAGGGCUGAUUGGGAUUUCCAUGUUCUUAUUAAAAAUCUAACAAAUCUA